AUGACAGUAGAAAAGAUUUUAUCCAUUUCAGAUCUUGAAGCUGCCGCUUCCAAGAAGCUCCCGGUGGCGAUCCGAGACUUCUUCAACUCCGGCGCAACGAACCAAGUAACAGUGCGGGAAAACUCAUCAGCAUAUCAGAAGUACCGCCUUCUACCUCGAGUGCUCAAAGAUGUGUCUCAAGUCAGCACAAAGACUAGCGUUUUCGGCCGGGACAUCGCGUUCCCGCUCUGCGUAUCUCCAGCAGGGCUACAAGGCAUGGCUCAUUCAGACGCAGAGUUGGCAACAAGUAGAGCAUGCGCCAAGGGUGGUAUCAAUAUGGGUGUCUCGACCUAUGCCAACCAUUCAGUCGAGCAGAUUACUACUGCAGGCCAAGAGAUCGGAAAGAAGCUCGAAUUAUUCGUCGCGCAGAGGCUUCAGGAUGCAAAGCCAUCUUUCUCACUGCAGAUAGUCCUGUUCUCGGCGUGCGAUAUAAUGAAUGGCGUAACGAUGGCCUUAAAACUACCAGCCGGGCUAACAUAUCCGAUGAUCGAAAAGACGUCCGAGCAGAUCCAGUCGCAAACUCAUGAUGACGGGUUCGCAUCUUUCAACUCGAAUUCUCAUUCUUGGAGUAGAGAAAUUCCUUGGUUGCGCAGUUUCACCCGUAUGGAGAUUUGGAUCAAGGGCGUCUUGACACCCGAGGACGUUGAAGCGGCAAUCGAAUAUGGUUGCGAGGGUGUGAUCAUUAGUAACCACGGUGGACGGCAGUCGGAUGAAACACCGGCGACGAUCGAUUUUCUUCCUGCUUGUGCGAAGGCUGCACGUGGAAGAAUCAAGAUUCAUAUUGACGGAGGUAUCAGAUCCGGCAGUGACAUCUUCAAGGCCUUGGCUUUGGGAGCGGAGUGUUGCUGGGUGGGUCGUCCUAUGCUUUGGGGACUAGCGUACAAUGGACAGGAAGGCGUCGAGCUUAUGCUCAAGAUCCUUUACGAGGAGUUCCAGAGGUGUAUGCAGUUGGCAGGCUACACCUCUUACAUCCUGGCCAAAAAUUCAAUUACCUACAUAAUGACAUCUUCUUCUUCCGCGCCAACCACCCACAUCGCUCAAACCCUCCUCGCGCGCGCCCAUUCCCCCGACACAGCAUCCCAACAAUUCACCGAGCGCAUUAAACAAAAACCCCUCUUCCUGCGCCCAACCUCUCCGUCCGCCUCUGACAACCGCUCGAGAAGACGUCUCCACCGCCUCCGUAAGAAAGAAUAUUUUCUGCGACACCAACGCCCGCGCCCUCUAUCCGCACGCGAGAAGCGCACGACAGGCCUCUACGACCUCCCUAAAGAAGAAUGUAAAUACGCCAUCUUCAAAGGUCUACAUGACCUGUGGACGACCUAUAUGCAGGAAAUCCUUGAUCUAAAAGCUGAUGGGAGAAGCGGACUCGUGACACCCGCGUCGCAUGGUGCUAAGCUCGUCAGUGCGGAUUAUCAUGGUGCAGAGAUCGAGGUUGUGAGAAGUCGGUCUGCGGGGAGGGUCGGGUUGAAGGGAUACGUUGUAAGAGAUACGAAGUUCACCUUUGUGAUUGUUACGGAGAAGGAUCAGGUGAAGACGAUACCGAAAGAGCAUAGCAUUUUCCGCUUUACGGUAGAUUUUCCGAAAUCUGCGAAAUUGAAAGAUGGAGAGGAGCAAGGGAAUGGUGAAAAGCCGAAGCCAUUGGAGUUUGAAUUACAUGGGAGCCAGUUUGAGAAUCGGCCUGUUGAUCGGGCAAACAAGAAGUUCAAGUGGAGGAAUGUUGAUUAUUUGUGA